UACACUAUAAUAUUCUGUAUAUAUAUAUACAGGAAGACGCUCUGGCGGCUCCUUCUGCCCGCUGGGCUACGACCGGUUUCCAGCGGGGCAUUCCUCGGCAGCCUCCCGUGAAAUCCCUGGAAUUUCCGGGGAAGAUGUGGCUUGGCUUGGGAGCCGCGGCUCACGUGACUUCCAGGGCCGUCUUCAAGGGUUCCCUUUGCCGCUCCCCAUAACUUCCCUUGGCGGGGCAAGGUUUGAGCGGGGCUCGCUGGCCGUGGACCUCGGGGAUCAUAAAAGCUACGCGCCGCGGAGAGAUUCCGCCUUCCGGCCCUUGGAAAGCCUCCGGCCGUCUCUUCUUCUUCCUGCAAGCAACUCCCGCGGCCGCCUCGCUUCUUUCCCAGCUCCCCUCCUGCAAGGAUGGGGGCAGGCGCCUUGGCCAUCUGUCAAAGUAACUCAGCCGUCAGGCUUAAAGAAGAUGUGAAAAAGAUGGCCGUCCCGCCCCCGAGCAGACAGAAGGGGUCCUGUCACCACCGGAGGUUGUUUGGCAUUAGUCUUCAGGAAAUGCAGCAAGAAGGGCUCAGCAAAUGUGGAAUCCCAACCGUGGUGUGGGAUAUUGUAGAAUAUCUGUCUUGGCACGGUCUCGAGCAGGAAGGUCUUUUCAGGGUGAAUGGUAACCUGAAAACAGUGGAACAGCUGCGCACAAAGUACGAGGGUGGAGAUCAAGUAGAUCUCGCCGCAGAGGCUGACGUAAGCUCAGCCGCCAGUUUGCUGAAGUUAUUUCUGCGGGAGCUGCCUGAUCGGGUGAUCCCUUCGGCCCUUUACCCCAAAUUCAUCCAGCUUUAUCAAGCCAGCCAGAGGUGUGGUCUGGAGACUAGCAGUUUAAGAGACCUUCUGAGACAGAUGCCCGAGACUCACUAUUGUCUCCUUAAGUACCUUUGCCAUUUCCUGAAACAGGUUGCCGAGCAUCAUUCUGAGAACAAAAUGACUGUUUCCAACCUUGCUACUGUUUUUGGACCAAACUGUUUUUGUGUCCCACCUGGCUUUGAAGGGAUGAAGCAGCAGGAAAUCUGUAACAAAAUUAUGGUCCACAUGUUGGAGAACUACAGUUCCUUGUUUGAAUGGGAGCCUCAGAAGAAGCAAGGAGAAUGCAGAGAGUCACCGAAAAUUAUAUUGGUGAAAGAGGCCCGUUGCAAGUCAUCUCCUCCAAUCUUGUUGAAGAACCAUGAGACAGAAACGCCCAAGCCAAAACCAAGAACAAAGUCCAGACCAGGAAGACCAUCUCUGACGCCUUUAAUGCUGCAGCCGAGACUGUCAGAUGGAAUUCCUGGGGUUAGCAUCCAUUUAACCAAUAGUUUGCGUCCCAAGGAGAUGGAGUUAGCGGAUGAAAUCUCCUUCCUAAGCAGUGGUGCGUUCUUCACCAGUUCCCAAGAGGAUGAAAGGCCUUUAUCACCAUUCUAUCUGAGUGCUCACGUGUCACAAGUCAACAACGUCCCUGCUACUGGAGAAUUCUUAGAAAAGACAAUCCGGACAGCUGUCGAACAACAUCUGUUUGAUGUUCAUGGCUCUAGUGGUCAAAGUUCUGAAGAAUCUGAAUCUGGAACAUCAUUAACAUCUUCUGGUGUAUCUACUGGGCAGCGCAGGAGACAUCAUAAAGAACAAGAUGAAGGCCGAAAGGCCAGAGAUAGGGAGGUCAUCAAUAAAGAGAAUAUCCCUUCUGGCUUCAGUAGCAUUGAAGAGUGUAUGUUAAAUGCUCAGGAAGUGGAAAAAUGCCACGAGAACAGUUCUGGUUACAUAGGCGAAAGAAGUAAACCAAAACGUCAGAAAUCCAGCACCAAACUAUCUGAGUUUAACGACAGCCAAGAGAGUUCUUUGGCGAUGGAAACUUUUGGUUCCUUGAAACAUGUGGAUGGAAGAGGACCAGAUGAAAUGGAGGUGUUUUCUGAAGAAAGCAAAGACGGCAGAAAUGAGGAUGAUUUGUUAAUGCACAAUCAGAGCUCAAAUAUGAAGAUCCAGGAACAUCCCGGCGUUCCUGAAGUCAAGUUGCAGAGGAACCAAGAAAUAGAUGGCCAGGAAGACACUUUCAUACCAGAAAUCCCUCAUCUGGACCUGUCAACCUUGUGCAGUGACAACUGGGAAGAACCUGUCCCUGCCUUUUCCUCCUGGCAGCGUAAUGACGUAGAGUCCGAUGAAGCUCGUCUUUCCCCUCAGGCUGGACGCCUCAUUCAGCAGCUUCUGGAUGAAGACAGUGACCCAAUGCUGUCCCCUCGCUUUUAUAACUAUGGGCAAAGUCAGCAGUACUUGGAUGACACAGAAGUACCUCCUUCUCCACCCAAUUCUCAUUCAUUCAUGAGGCGAAGAAGUUCUUCUUUGGGAUCUUAUGAAGAUGACAGUGAAGAUUUGACACCAGCACAGUUAACUCGCAGAAUUCAAGGACUGAAGAAAAAGAUCAGGCGGUACGAAGACAAAUUUGAGGAGGAGAGAAAGUAUAAACCCUCUCACAGUGACAAAGCAGCCAAUCUCGAGGUGCUGAAAUGGACAAAUGACCUUGCAAAGUUUAGGAAGCAACUAAAAGAGUCAAAACUGAAACUGUCAGAAGAAGAUCUGGCUCCUAGGACACGCCAACGUAGCAACACACUCCCCAAAAGUUUUGGCUCUCAGCUGGAAAAGGAGGAAGAGAAACAUGAUGUCUCUGAUAAAUCAUCUAAGCCUUCAGUGGAGACAACUUUGGAAUCCAUGCAGAAGAAGCUCCAGGAGAAAAGGACAGAAGCAAAUCGACCUGAGGAUAUUAAGGAUAUGACUCGAGAUGAGAUAGCAUCAGAGAAAGUGGCCCUUCAGAAAUCCCUCCUCUAUUAUGAAAGCAUCCAUGGAAGACCAGUAACAAAACACGAACGGCAAACUAUGAAGCCCCUUUAUGACAGAUACCGCUUAGUCAAGCAGAUCCUCUCAAGGGCAAACUCUAUUCCCAUUAUCGGUUCUCCCUCUAGCAAGCGGAGAAGUCCUUUGCUACAGCCAAUAAUUGAAGGAGAAACUGCUUCCUUCGUCAAGGAGAUAAAGGAAGAAGAGGAUGGAUCUGAGGAUGACAGCAAUGUGAAGCCUGAUUUGACAGUCACCGUAAAAUCUGACUUAGGCGUACGAAGUUUUUUGGACCAACUAGAAGAUGACGUCGAUGGUUUCAUUUCUCCAGUGGAUGAUAGGAUCCCUUCGAGAAGUAGCCAGGACAGGGGCUUGUCCAACCUUCAUGCUGCUUCUAUGCGUGAACUUGUGGAGCAGCUUCAAGAAGUCAGGGAAGAUAAAAAGAGGAUCAGGAAAAAAUUGAGAGAUUUUGAAGACAAUUUUUUCCGACAAAAUGGAAGAAAUGUCCAGAAAGAAGACCGGCUUCCCAUGGCUGAAGAAUAUAAUGAAUACAAGCAAGUUAAGGCCAAGCUGAGGCUGCUAGAAGUCCUCAUCAGCAAAAGAGAUUUAAGUUCCAAGAUCAUGUAAUAAAAGCUACGCUGGAUUUGCCACUAACGUUAAGACGUCGAUGCAGCCAAAUAACACAAAAGAACUCAGCAAGAAGCUGUACUACCACGAAGGGCUUUAGUGGCUCUCCUUGACUGUCGUGGGCAGAAGGUGGCAGUGUGAAGGAGGGAUGGUCCUGCAUCUCUUGUCACAGACUCGUGACCUGUCCUACUAUCAGGGCUGGCAAGACCAGAAUGGGGGUUGGCCCACUAAAACCACACUGCUUCCCAAGUUUCCUUUUGCUUUUCAUCCGUUGGUGGCCUGCAGUUGCUUGGACUAAAACAACGACAAAGCAAAAAGACCUCAACUUUGAUCUUCUUUGGAGCAUCAGUGUAAGAAAGGUGAUCCAGUUACAAGUUCUCACGAAUCUCCAAAUAAUGGCCUGUAAUUUUCAGACCAAUAAAAGCAAUCAGGUCUGUUCUAAUAAUGGGAUGUAUGUUCUGAGACCAUUUGGAGAGGGUUGGUAGGGUCCCUCUUGAAAAAUCUCAUCUUUUGACCGCAGGGUUUUUCGUUGUUAUUGUUGGUACGUAAUUCUUCUCUUAACAUCCUCCAACUGAAAGUGGAAUUGCCAAUUGGUGGAGAACUGUUAAGCGUGGACUGCCUUGGCUUUCAAUACAGCUGCUUUAUUUUUAUAUAUAUAUAUAAAUAUAUAAAAACGAAAAUACACUUUCUUACUAACGAGCUUUUCAGAAAUGUUAUUACACAACUCCUACAUCCGUUCGACCUGGAGGACAGAAAACAUUGUGGAAGUGGACCUUGGAGAAAUUGGGUUUGGUUGACGGGACCCUACACAAGAGUAGGAAAAGGAAUGGGGUGAUCUUGGUAGCCAAGGUAUUCUGAUAUAACCCAUAAUAUAAUGGAUUUCAGACAAUGUCUGGGAAGGGUUUAUAAUGUUUUAUCUUUGUCCUUGAUGUGAAGAUCGGGAAUAAUGGACAAGUGUCCUCGAAAAGCAGAACAUUGUCACUGGAGUUUUCUUCUGCAAGAAUGGCGUUUCCCACAAUCUGCUCUUGAUUUGUGUCCGAUCGUAAUGGAAUCCACUUUAUUGAUGCCCAUAGUUCUGAGAAUUUUCUCUUGCACAUUACUGGGGCAAAAUGCGCCGAGAUUUUUCAACAAGCUGAUUUCAUGCAAAAGGUUUCCAUAGGCUUAGAAAGCAUCAAAAUGUGGACUUUUAAAAUGAAAUGAAUGACAAUACCCGUUUGUCUCAUACCCUUAUAAUUUUUGUAACCCAAAUAAGGUGGAUGUGGUACUGAUCUCGGGCAAAAAAAA